AUGCGCUUAGCCGUGCGGCAAGCAGGCAGUCGCACCUUUUAUCGUGCUGCCCUGGGUGAUGAUGGCCACCUCCACCCCAUUGUGGAUGAGAAAGGGCACGUGUACCCCAUUCGCAAUGCCCGGGUGGCUGAACACAAGCCCGUGCUCGGCCGCCGAGGGGGUGGACCUCAGGCUAUCGCUGCACUGGUGGAUGACGAUGUCCAAGCCGCAGUUGCGGGGCCCAAUGACGAAAUUUUGGCUGCGCAGCUUUCUGCCGCGGGUGUGCUUGAAGCCGUCAUGUCUGAAGACGGUGAUUUAGUGGAGCUGCGCAAUAGCGAUGGCACACCUGCGACUGGCCUGGAUCUAUCAGCCAACAACGCCGUGGUCGUAGGUAACGACGGUUCCCCGGCCAUUGCCGUCGUCGAUGAAAAGGGGCUUCCACUAGAGGCCUGUUUUGAGCGUGGUCAACUAGUAGCUCGUCGUGACGAGAAUGGCGAGACGUUGCCAAUUGUGGGUCCUGAUGGCUUGGCCGCUGUGCCCGCUGUCUCACGGCACGGCUGUCCACGCUUGUUGUUGCGCUGUGCUGUUGUGCUCGAUGCCUCUGGCAAAGCCCGCGCCGCCUGCAUCGCUCAAGAUGGUUUGGCAACCCGCGCAGUUGUUGUGGACGCAGCCAAAGGUCUAGUGGGACCGGAGAAGUCGGGCAAGACGACGGUUUGGAUCGGUGGCGACUCGGACGCAGAUGCGCGCAUUGUGUAUGCUGACUCGAGCGUCAUCUCUGCUCGCAACACGGGCAACAAGGGAGCAGAUACCGCCGGUGCAGCAGCAAACGGAGAGGGCAGCACCGACGCGGCGGACCCUGCAUCCGCCGCUGCGCCAGCCAACAUGCCCCCAGCGUCCGUCUCGGAAAAUCCAGCGCUUGUGGCCGAGCUACAAGCGAAGCUUGCACAGCUUCAAAAAGCGAUGGUAGCCGGAGGCGGUGCAGCCAAGGAUAAGGCACUGCGCAAGAAACUCAAGGAUCGCCAUGCACGUGCGGAAGAACGCCGUCGGAAGCUUCAAGAGGCCAAGUCUGCUGAUGACGACACGAUGAUGGAGGCAAUUUACGAUACCAUGCAGGAUGAAAUUCAUGCCAAGUCCAAGCUUUUGAAACGCGCCAAGGAGGUGGUGCGCGAACAAAAGGCGGAGAUUGAGGAUCUGCAGGCUGAAUUUCAAAGGGAACGACAACAUCUCUUGGAUCAGCUGCGUGCCAACGAGCGUGAGCUACUUUUCUACAAGUCUUACACCCAACGGGCGUCGGACUGCAUCCGACGUGAUACCAACUAUGCCAACGUGGAGAAGAUUCGCAAGGUAGCCGUGUGGAAUGAGGAGCAGCAGCGCUGGGUCAUGCCCAAGGUCGUGGUAUCUCGCGUCUCACUUCCCACAGCGGGCGAACGAGUCGGAUCGGCCGUGUCGCGUACCCAAUCUGGACGGAGCUUUCGCGAAUUCAGCGAUGCUGACGACGAUGACGACCAAGGAUUUCGCGACAAAUUGGCUCAACGCAACGCCGCCAAUACCGACUACUUCCAAGGCAAGCGAUCCACAGACGUGGUGCACAAGAUCGCUCAGCGGGAAGCGGAGCUUGCAAACCAGCUUGAGGACAAACUGAAGCGUUUUGAUCGGGGGCCUCUCCAAUCCACACGAUCACAGCAACUUUUGCAAGAGGACGCCACGGCAUCCCUUGAUCGGCGCAAGGGCCGCGGGCGCUCGGCUUUGGAGCCUGGAGCUGUGUCGCUGGUCGACAUGGCCAACAACCGACAGAAGCUGCGCCCUCCGCGUUAUGGCCAGCAGCGCAACGGUCCUGCGGGCUGGUAAUGAAUGGCAGAACGCUCUGAAGCUGUCACAUGCGAACUAACCUUUGCUGAUGACACGCCUACCUUUGCUAACAUUAUUUCGACAGUCCAAUGCUCAGCGCUCGUGCUUGAUGUCAUACACCCCACCCUCUCCCCCGGUCGGCUUGUGCCUUGUUUUGUGCAGAAAGAAAUUCACAUCUCUCUGUUU